UUGAUAUUUUAUCAAUUUGAUGUUUAUAUGUCAAUAAAUAUAAUAGUUCGAUUAACGCUUCGGUAUCGUUUCUUUUUAUUUAAACGGCAGACAAGUUAAAUUUUAUAUCGCAAAUGACUCGCUUCUACAAAAUUGGAAAAUAAAUAGUUGUGCUUCAAUAUAAGUUUUAAUGUAAGAAAAAAAAGUGAUACGUAUAAAAAUGAUGAGGAGAAGCAAUUUUUCAUCAUCGGUUUAUUUUUUCAUAAUCAUCGCAGUAUGGAAUAAUUAUAUAUCAUAUGCAGAUACGGAGCAUGUACGCGUUGGUGCUUUAUUCGAGCCGCAGUACGAAGGAAUGAGUCUCGCGUUCCAGAACGCCGUUACCAAGGUGAACUUGCACUCGGGAUCUAGGAACGGUCUGACCAUAAACUAUGACAUAAAGACGCUUGCACCCGACAGAAGCUUCGAGGCUCAGACAGAAAUAUGUUCAGAAAUGAGAAGACGCAAUGGUGUUGCGGCAGUGUUUGGACAAGCCAGUCCAACCUCACAGGCUCACAUGCAGUUGCUAUGUAACACAACGGAAAUUCCUUACAUCGAGGCAUCAUGGAGCGCACGAGCAUCCCGUGAAGCCUUCUCAGUCAGUGUGUUUCCGGUUAAUGAAGAGCUGAGUAGAGCCUUCGCAGACCUUAUCAAACACUGGAGCUGGAAAAGGUUUACAGUUAUAUACGAGGAUAGAUAUAGUCUGGUAAGGUUACAGAAGAUUUUAGAAAUACCUUGGGGAGUGGAGUACAAGAUGACUGUACGACAAUUGGAGACCUCUCCCGUGAAUAGCGGCAGUGCGCUUAAAGAAAUGCUUAAAGAAAUGAAAGAGAAAAGAGAAUACAGGCUCGUUAUAGAUUGCCACGUGUCAAACAUUCUACGAUUUCUUGAAGAGGCGGACUCGAUGAAUAUGCUGUCGGAAUAUUACCACUUCCAUUUCACGACUCUGGAUUUAUCCCAACUUCACCUCGAGUCUUUCAUGUAUAAAGGCGCGAACAUUACUUCUAUGCGUCUAAUUGACCCGUCCAAUCCUAAAGUCCGAUCUCUAACCGAUGACUGGGUUCGAAAAGAAGUAAGUUUUGGCCGCUCCCCACUACUUGGAUCAAGAUUUGUAGGGACGGAGACCGCCUUGAUGUAUGACGCCGUGCAUUUAUAUGCGCAUGCGCUAAAGAAUCUGACGAGAGCCCGCCAAAUUUCAACAGAGUCCUUGAAUUGCAAUAAACGGGAAACAUGGAAAGAUGGAAAAAGUUUACUGGGUUAUAUGAAAACAUCAGUCUAUUAUGGACUGUCUGGAAAGAUUAAACUUGAAGACGGAAGGAGAAAGAAUUUUCGACUCGGCAUCAUAAGCCUGACAAUACAUGGACUAACGGAGAUAGGGAGUUGGAAUACACAGACUGGAAUCAAUAUCACAGUUUCUUCAGUCACACAGAAGUUUCAAUAUGACAGAGAACGUCUAAAAAAUAUGACACUAAGGGUAGUCACAGUAUUUGACCCGCCAUAUGUUAUCAACCUCACAGAACCGAACGAACACGGUCGCAUGCAUGAAGGUUUUAUAAUUGACCUCCUUGAUGAACUGUCGGCGAUUCUAGGUUUUAACUACACUAUCUACGAGGCCGCAGAUAGAGCAUAUGGUAGUGAGGUCACUCCGGGUAAAUGGAAUGGCAUGAUUGGUGAUUUGAUUGAACGUGACAGUAAAAAAAAAGCAGAUAUUGCAGCUGCCGGAUUAUCCAUAACUUAUGCUAGAGCUAAAGUGGUUGACUUCAGUAUGCCUUUCUUAAACCUUGGGAUCACAAUAAUAUACCGGAAGCCAGUGAACACUCCUCCAGACCUUUUCUCUUUCCUGCUGCCCCUCUCUCCAGAUGUAUGGAUUUAUAUGAUUGCAGCGUAUCUUUGCGUCAGUUUCAUGCUGUUUCUGAUAGCCAGAUUCUCACCAUAUGAAUGGGAAAAUCCUCAUCCAUGUAAUAAUGAAUCCGAGGAAGUGGAAAAUCAGUUUACAGUACUAAACUGUCUAUGGUUUUCCAUCGGAUCACUUAUGCAGCAAGGCAGCGAUAUAGCACCCAAGGCAUCCUCCACGAGGUGUGUGGCAAGCAUCUGGUAUCUAUUCACUCUGAUAAUUGUGUCAUCAUACACUGCCAAUCUGGCAGCUUUUCUCACAAAGAGCCGCAUGGAUGCACCAAUCAAAAAUGCAGAAGAUCUGUCAUUGCAAACAGAAAUACAAUAUGGGACACUGAAAGCGGGGUCUACUAGAGACUUCUUUAAGAACUCAAAUAUGCCGACCUACAAGCGUAUGAAUGCAUUUAUGUCAGCUAAUACAGAUAAGGUUUUAGUAGCAAGCAAUGCAGAAGGUUUUAAACGAGUCAAAACUUCACAAAAAUAUGCGUUUCUAUCAGAGUCAACAUCGAUAGAUUACCAGGUACAGAGGAAUUGCGAUCUCAUGCAAGUGGGUGACCUUCUAGACUCAAAGGGUUAUGGGUUGGCCGCGCCUACAGAUUCACCUUGGAUUGGUUUUAUAUCGAAAGAAAUUGUUAAUCUACAGCAAAAACAGGUGCUUGCGAAAAUGUAUACAAAGUGGUGGGUUGAGAAAAGUAAUACUGUAUGUGAAAAGGACACUGAAGACGAGAAGCAAACAAGUGCUCUAGGUGUUGGAAACUUGGGUGGCGUCUUUGUAGUGCUAGCUGGUGGUUCUAUAUUUGCGUUUUUUGUGGCCAUUUUGGAGUUGUUCUGGAAAGUUGGAAAGAAUGCCCGACAAGAUAAUACAUCCUUCUGGGCGGAAAUGAAGACGGAUCUAUAUUUUAUCUUUGUGAAGUGCAAGUCGACUAGAAACAUGGGUGAAGAAGACAAUUCAAUGGAAAAGAAUGAUAUGGCUGUGGAUACUAAACAAGCAGUGCCUAAAUAUCAAAAUGACAAAAUCAUAAAGAAAGCGUUUGAUUGAUUAUGAAAAGGAUAUUCAUUUGCUGUCUAUCGUCCAUACUUUUAUGAGGAAACUUACAUAAUUUGACAAACGUUGCAAAAGCAGGAGUAUUUAUGUUAGCUUUCUUGUACAUUUGUAUGUAGAAGGCGUACACGUUUGAUAUAAGUUAACAUGGUGUUUUAUAAACAGCGUUAUUUUGAAUGUUUAGCCUUAGAUAUCAUUGAACCAUAGAACGGGAAAAUGCACAUAUGUAAUACAACAAUGUAUUGGCAAAGUUAAAAAAAAAAGUUCCUUCCACAUUGCAUUGUUAACAUAUUAAGUGCAUAAAAUAUAUUGCACAAAGUAUAUAUCCCUUCUGUCAAUAAACGGACUUUUUAAAUAUUUGUUCGCAAAAAAAUAGAAACAGAGACCGAUUGUUCAGUUUAACUGUCUGCAACAAACUGGCUUUGCCAAAUUAAGUCAGCAAAUCGCUGAAUUUAUUGUGUCUGAUUUCUAUUUCAUCCUUUUGUUCUUUCACUUUGUACAGUUUUUCAUCCAAAACAUCAGAUAAUGCUUUCCGCCAGAUAUGGCAAUCGCCAUAAAAAGUGUUAUAGUUAAAUUAUAGUGAUGGCCGAAGAUGAAAAUAGAAUAAUCUUCAAACAGCAUGCUAGACCUGCAUAAUUUCACUCAGAUGGUUAUCGAGUAACUUUCUACCAUGAUUGAUCAAUGUUUUUGGAGUUCUCAAAAAAAUCUUGUCUGAAUCUGCAAGCCCAGUUUUAAAAAAUAUUUUCACACAAAUCUGUUUGGCUGACCCUCUACAAAUGUUGUUCAAAGUUUUCUGAUUAUUAAAAAAACAUGGCCUAAAAUGUUAAUGUAUUGUGAAUUCUUUCGUCCUGUUUCUCAGCUACCUUUGGUUAUGACCUUACACAAAACACUUUUAUGACACAUUGCUUUUUGACACACUGAUACUGAAUAUGAAUGUUUAUUACAUGACUCUUAAUAAUACAAAUCAAUAGCCCAUAGUUUGCGUUAUUGACCAGAAAGUCAUUCAAUAAGUGUACACCAUUAAUCGGUGUUUAAUAAAGGGACAUAAUGAAUAAAAAGAUGGACUAUAAGCAAUGCAGCUUUAAGGGGAGAGAAUCUGUUCCACAAUAUAUAGUAUCGCGUAUUUAUCCCUCUUGUUGUGUACAUUUAAGUGGCAGGGGCCAGUGUCGUAUUGUUGCCAUGUGCGUUUUUGUUAUCUUAAUAAGAUAGGUAGAUGAUUAUUUAUGUUGUUUAUGGAACUUAGGAUUCCUGUGGACGAGUAUUUGUGAAUGCUUGAUUCGAUUUUCCUAGCUUCGUGUAGACGGUCGAAUCUAAAAUCUUACCUGAGGUAACAGAAGUUUAACGAAAAGGAAAUGGUCAUCCAUGCAUAUAGAUUCAACCCAAGUUUGCGAAAGAAGUAAAUGGUUAUGAGACACUUUUCGUACCACCAUUAUUUUCGUCUGGUCACAUGCUGUAAAAAUAUACACCUAUGUUUUAGGUCAGUCAUUUGCAGAUAAUACGGUACAGGUGUGCAUUUUGGGCCAUUUUGCCUAAAAAUUUAGUAAGCUGAAACCGAAAGUUUAUUGGUUUUUAUCAUAAAAACGACGGAAUUGGCAGGCUGAAAAUGUCACAUGAUUAAGUGCUAAGUACAUACAAAAUACACCCGCUCUACACUUCCCAGGAAUUUCUCAAAAUUAGACCUUUUAAUGAUUUAUUUUCGCACUGCAGCCAUUCUCCCAAAAUCGACUCAUAUUGGAAAAAACCAUGUCGCCGAGCUUUCAUUAAUAUUUUUCAAAAUAUUCGAGCAAAAAACUUGGCACUUUGGCUUAAGCUUAUAUCAGCAAUAUAUGGACAAUUACUUAAAACAUGUUGUGGUAUCUUGUUGCAGAUUUAGCAUCCACGAGUAGACGUUAAAAUUGCCAAAUAUUGCAAAAACCUCAUGUCGCCAAGCUAAUUUGCGAACUAAAAAGGACCAAUUCGUCAUUUUACGUUUUGGUUUUGUAUUGGUUUUUCAACUUUUUAACAGUACCUGUAUUUAUCAUGAUUUAAUGAAGCGUGUUUUCCAUCAGUAAUUGGUAUUUUGAUAGAAAUUUCUUUUUGAAUCGAUGUCGCCAAUACACACCUAUGGUACCGUAAGGAAUUUUAAACAUAGUCUAGCGUAAGAUGAUUACAAUUAAAUAAUUGUUUUGAAAGUGCUUUGAAUGUGUAAAAGGUUAUAGUCAUCAGUAAAAUUCAAAGAAUAGGCUUGCCAAAAGAAAUAAACUCUUAGAAGCCCUUCAAAGCCAGAAUUGAAAAUGUUGCAUUUCAAGUACUAUGCUUCCGUAACGCAACUAUUAUAAAAACUGAGCGCCCUAAUGUGAGAAUGGAGUGGGAACGAUAAACACUGUACAGAGAAUGCUUCGAAACAUAAUCUGUCACAACGGUAAAUUCAUCUUUCUUUAUUAUAUAAGAAAAUAAAGAUUUUGUCUGCUUCCGUAACACCUAUUUUCCGUAACGUUAUGUUCAAUAACAAACUAAAAAUCCGUGUUUAUGCGAAUUACAGUCAGAAAAAUGUUAUAUAUAAAUGGUGUUUUAUUCGAGAUGUUGUAUGAAAUUGCUUUUUUUUUAUUAUUAAAAACUGACAUUUUGGAAGAG